UUCGAAAUUACCUCAUGUCCGUAAGUCCGAGACUAGUAAAAAACAUGUCUGACUAGUAAACUCUCUAUAGCACUAGUCUGUACGGACUAGUGAAAAUCAAUCUUGAAUUGGUUAAGAUUUUAGCAAGAUAUGUCUGAGUCUCUUAGAUGUUUGAACUUGUGGUCGAUUACCUGCAUGGUUACGUGUUUGUGUGACUAUGACAUCCUGAUCUUUCAAACACAUGGAGUGAGUUCAAGACCGCUGUUCUUCGAACGAGCACAAAAUCUUGCCGAUUCUGAACUCCCGAGUACGCAUCACGAGAACGGGUUCAAGGUGCAAGAACUGCAAGUAGUGCGAUUCAAGAACAGGCACGUUUGUGCGCACAUGUUGUCGUCAUUCGCGACUCUAACACAGUAGUUCGUAACACUAUAGCUCAUGACUCGGUCAAUCGAGUAAAUUUUAUUGACUUUAUUGAUAAAAUUUCGACUACUGUGACUCUAAGAACUGAGCAGGAAAACAACUGUCCUCGAACGUCGAUAUCGAACGUACUUAUGGACGUUUAUAAAAGAAUUAGCUCGGGGGUUACUGUAUGCUUCUUGGAGAUCUUGAAUGCAAAAUAAAGUAUUGUGGUCUUUUUCUUCUGUAUGUGUGAGAAACUGAAUUGCUUGCAACUGUGAUGUGUUUGCUUUCAUUAAAUACUAUUGAAUAAAAUGAAGAUCAUUUAAUAUGAUAUACUGGACGGACUAGUGAAAUGCAUUGCGGACUAGUGAACAUCAAUAGUGACUAGUCCAUACAGACUAGUACUUGAAAAAGUUAAUUUCGAACCCUGAUUUGGUUUGAAAUGUUGAAGACUGUUAGUGCCAAUCCAAUCGAUAUGUUCAAAACUUUUGGAAAUUUUAUCUAAAAAAAUUCUAGUUGUUUGUACAAGUGUUUGACUUGAGAGUACAGCAGGACACCGCCUGAAGCAGUAACACUAACACUUUCAUGUGUUGUUUCAUGUAAACACAGACAAGAUCAACAUGCUUGCUAUUUAGACGUCUCUGAGACGCUUGGACGUUGCAUGAUCUGAAACAUGCAGAUCUUUGUUAAGACCCUCACGGGUAAAACUAUUACCCUAGAGGUUGAGCCCAGUGAUACUAUAGAAAAUGUUAAAGCCAAGAUUCAGGAUAAGGAAGGUAUUCCCCCUGACCAGCAAAGGUUGAUCUUUGCCGGAAAACAGCUGGAAGAUGGAAGGACUCUGUCUGACUACAACAUCCAGAAGGAGUCCACCCUCCACCUGGUUCUCCGUCUGCGUGGUGGUGCCAAGAAAAGGAAGAAGAAGAACUACACCACCCCCAAAAAGAACAAACACAAGAAGAAGAAGGUCAAGUUAGCAGUUCUCAAAUACUACAAGGUGGAUGAGAAUGGCAAGAUUACCCGUCUGAGGAGGGAAUGUCCUAAUGAGGAGUGUGGGGCCGGUGUCUUCAUGGCCUCCCAUUUUGACAGACAGUACUGCGGGAAAUGCUGCCUGACUUAUGUAUUCAAUAAACCAGAAGAGAAAUAAAUACGUCUAGGGACAACCUCACA